AUGCCCUCCGACCUGGCCAAGAAGCAGGUAGCCAAAAAGAAGGAGGUUGCCAAGGCGCAACAGUGGCCCAGGAAGGGGCAUGAAGAAAGCGGAGAUGCCGCCACAGAACCGCAGGUGGCCGAGGAGAGAAAUGAGGAGGCCAAUGGCAGAGACACCACAGAAGUGGAUUUGCUGACCAAGGAACUAGAGGACUUUGAGAGGAAGAAAGCUGCUGCGCGAGCUGUCACUGGUGUCCUGGCCUCUCACCUCAACAGUACUGACGUCCACACUAUCAACCUCUCACUCACCUUUCACGAUCAAGAGCUGCUCAGUGACCCCAAACUGGAAUUAAACUCAGGCCGUCGAUAUGGCCUCAUUGGCUUGAAUGGAAUUGGCAAGUCCAUGCUGCUCUCUGCCAUUGGGAAGCGGGAGGUGCCCAUCCUGGAGCACAUUGACAUCUACCAUCUGACCCGAGAGAUGCCUCCCAGUGACAAGACACCCUUAGAGUGUGAUGCCGACAAGGCUGAGAUGAAGGCCUCGCGGAUCUUGCACAGCCUGGAUUUCACGCCUGCCAUGCAGCGCAAGAAGCUAAAGGACCUCAGCGGGGGCUGGAGAAUGAGGGUCGCCCUUGCCAGAGCCCUCUUCAUCCGGCCUUCCAUGGUGCUCCUGGAUGAGCCCACCAACCACCUGGACCUGGACGCUUGGGUGUGGCUGGAAGAGGAGCUCAGGACUUUCAAGCGCAUCUUGGUCCUUGUGUCGCACUCCCAGGAUUUCCUGAACGGGGUCUCUACAAACAUCAUCCAUGUGCACCACAGAAGACUCAAGCAUUACACGGGUAAUUAUGAUCAGUAUGUGAAGACGUGGCUCGAGCUGGAGGAGAACCAGAUGAAGAGGUUUCACUGGGAGCAAGAUCAGAUCGCACACAUGAAGAACUACAUCACUGGGUUUGGUCAUGGCAGUGCCAACCUGGCCCGGCAGGCUCAGAGCAAGGAGAAGACACUACAGAAAAUGGUGGCAUCUGGACUGACAGAGAGGGUUGUGAGCGACAAGACACUCUCAUUUUACUUCCCGCCAUGUGGCAAGGUCCCACCACCCGUCAUUAUGGUAGAGAACGUGAGCUUCGAGUACAUAAAAGACGGGCCUUGCAUCUACAAUAAUCUAGAAUUUGGUAUUGACCUCGACACACGAGUGGCUCUGGAAGGGCCUAACGGUGCAGGGAAGUCCACUCUUUUGAAGUUGCUAACUGGAGAGCUGCUGCCCACAGAUGGAAUGAUCUGGAAGCAUCCUCACGUCAAGAUAGGACGUUACCACCAGCACUUGCAGGAACAGCUGGACUUGGACCUGUCCCCUUUAGAGUACAUGAUGAAGUGCUACCCAGAGAUCAAGGAGAAGGAGGAGAUGAGGAAGAUCAUUGGGAGAUAUGACCUCACUGGGAAACAGCAGGUGAGCCCAAUCCGGAAUCUGUCAGAUGGACAGAAGUGCUGAGUGUUUCUGGCCUGGCUGGCCUGGCAGAGCCCCCACAUGCUCUUCCUGGAUGAGCCUACCAACCACCUGGACAUUGAGACCAUUGAUGCACUGGCAGAUGCCAUCAAUGAGUUUGAGGGUGGCACGAUGCUAGUCAGCCAUGACUUCAGACUCAUUCAGCAGGUUGCACAGGAAAUUUGGGUCUGUGAGAAGCAGACAAUCACCAAGUGGCCUGGAGACAUCCUGGCCUACAAGGAGCACCUCAAGUCCAAGCUUGUAGAUGAGGAGCCCCAGCUCACCAAGAGGACCCACAACGUGUGAG